AGGUCUAAAGGGAAGAAGAAGAAGAAAAAAAUCAACACGACACACACUGAUCGAAAGCUUGUGUGGCUCUUUCCUUGGUGGCUGGGAAUUCACGAGAGGAAACUGAUCCCAGGUCUGUAAGCAGAUGAAGGUUCUCCGUUUGCCAAAAGUGAUGAGAACCAUUUCCGUUCCUCUUCUGGAUCCUCCAGGCAGCUGCUGUUCUGCCACAUACAGACACAAGCUAUGAACACACGGUUCAGUCAGACCACAGGACAGUUAACAGCCCCCACUUCCUCAUCGAAAGUCGAAGGCAGAGCGAGCGAACGCGAGUUUCCUGUGACGUCUCUUGUGUUUCGGGUCAAUUGGUUUACUCACGUCCCUCUUCCACUGUUGAAUUGCGCUGCAUGGAAAGAGAGUGGCCUCGUCGUCUCCUGAAGGGGGGUGGGUGGUGGUGCGAGCUCUCUGGUUGAUCUACACUGACAGUCAACUGUUCAUCUGAAGAAUCUCUCCAAAACCUGGAUCUGUCAGGACACAAAAAACACACCAGACCUCAGUUCGUAAUAGUCUUUAGAGGCAAGCUGCGAUGCAGUUUUCACACAGUUAAGGUUGUGUGUGGGUUUGGGAUUUUUCAGCCAUGUUGCAGCAGUCGGACCUCAUCUUUGACUUUGCCAGUGACCAUGUCAACAUGACACAGUUGGGGGGUUACUCGGAUUACCCUGCAGUUAUUGUGGAGCAGGUGCCCCAUACGCACCUGCUCUCAUAUGGAGGUCUCGCGUGUGAACAGACAACACAUCACCAGCAGCUGCUCAAAGUGGAGCAAUGUGAAAGUGGAGAGGAGGAGAUCAUGGAGACGCUUGUCGCUGCUGACUCGCUCCUCAACAUGGACUGCCCUGACACCCUCUCCCUGGAGCUCUACUCCCAGACCUUCUUACCAUCCCUGGGUGACGUCAUCACUACUCCUGUUACCCAGGUGACUGUGUCAGCAGAGGGGAUUGUUGGAGCUUUUGACCAGCCACAGUGGCACUCGUUGCACACAAACAAGCCUGCGGCACAGCUGCAGUCCAAAAAGAGAGGAAGAAAAGCUCGACAUAGAAGGGCAGAGUCUCCCACACCAGACAUUAUAGUGAAGAAGGACAAAUACAACAAAGGAGGAAACACACUGUACCUGUGGCAGUUCCUGAUGGAGUUGCUGCAGGACCGACAGGUCUGCCCCCGCUACAUCAAAUGGACCAAUCCCCACGUGGGAAUCUUCAAGUUGGUCAACUCCAAAGCAGUCGCCAGACUCUGGGGCAAACACAAGAACAAACCGGAUAUGAAUUAUGAGACGAUGGGCAGAGCGCUCAGGUACUACUACCAGAGAGGCAUACUGAAUAAAGUUGAAGGCCAGCGUCUCGUCUACCAGUUCACCUCUCUGCCCAAAGAUAUGAUUUAUAUCACAGAUGGAGAUGGCAUCAAGGAAGAAGACGAUGACGACCACGAAGACAUUAGUGGCAAUGAUGAGGCUGUGAGUGACGACUCGGAUGCCAGCACUAUACCUUCUAGUGACCAAUCGGUUGAGGAGGAAGACUCGCACCCACCGCAGAAAAAAACGUCCUGCUCCUUUCGAGGCCCGGCCGCCCACCGAACCCGGCCGGCCCCCAGGCUCUCAGGCCAGCGCGAAACCAUCCUGAGGCCCGCCAGCACCAGCUUGAUCCAGGAGCAGCAUUUGCCUAUUGUGUCCGCGGAGAUGCUGCGUACCCUGCAGAACCUGCAGAAGGUCCAGUCCCUGCAGCCCGCUGGUCACGCCUCAGUCUUCAAAACGGCUCAGCUGCUGGGGAGUCUGUGUGAGCGACAGGCCACUGCAGAGAAGGCUGUGGACAGUGAGGGUGCGCGGGAGACGCCCGAUGGAAGGUCGCACCCAGGACCCAAAACUUCCCAGGUGGAAGCUCCACAGCUGGUGCCCCUAACCAGCUCUCACCAAUAAAUUGCGAAUUUAAAAAAAGAGCGAUCGCCCCCAAAACCACACACGCGUGUGUGUGUGCACGCGCACACAGACACACACACUCCACUGACUCAGGACCAGUUACAGAGCUGCACUUUGCUCCAGCGAUGUCUGCACAGAAGGGCCUAUGUUCUUUAGGAGCGGGAGCAUUGAUCUAGGAUAAUUUUUUGUAUUUUAGAUAUUAUGAAUUCAUAACAAAAGGGAUUCUAGAUCACUACUUCCUCCCCGAGUUAGCAGCAAACUCGCAACAUUUAGCAGUUUACUUUUGAGGAGACAUUAAAAGCUCACGCGCCUCGUCUCAAGCCUUAUGUCACGCUCUCUAGCCGUUAAUCACACAAGACACCAAAGACAUGCACUGGAAUCUACAGCCUCUCUGCACCUUCUGCAGACACACCCUCUGCUUGCACUUCACCUCUAGCAUCACAGAGCAAAUUGUCCGAUCAGUACACUGUGCCCUCCUUCUCUGCCUUUACUCUCCCUCUUUCCCAAUCUUUGUGGGUUCUUUCUUCAUGCUGAAUCAUUCCUCUGCCUUGAAAACGGCUUUGCACUAAUGUUUAUCCCUGCUGUAUGUUUCUUCUCUUAAGUGCCUGACGAUCUCAGUCCAUCCCCGCAUCCUGUUCUUGAUAAUCAUGAGGUUAUUGAGGGAAAACAUUCCACAUUAUUAUUAUUAUUAUUAUUAAUAAAUUACUGAAUUAUGUUUGUGUUGUGAAAUGUUAAAAAACAAGGGAUCACUGUUAUUUCUAGAAUAGUAAUUUAGCACUGCUGCUGUUUGUAGUUGAUGUACCUACUCGGUGGGAUUUCCUUUUGUCGACAAUCACCAGUGAAAUGGCCUUUUUAUUUAGCUGCAUUGCCUCCUGUCGAGUCAUACCGCGACUAUUUAGCCUUUCUACUAUUCGUACAUAUAUGGACGGACCUCUAAAGCCUUGAUAUCGUUAUGUAUUGUGUGUCAUUUACUGUGUUUGUGAACAAGCUUGACUUUGUGCCUUGUUGCCAUUUUCUCCCUCAGGUUCGUACACAAUUAGUUUUACUGUGCAGUCUAUGCAAGGAGUAAAACGGCGGGCCCUUUUGUAAUUAAGUAAUGCUAAAUUGAGUGUUUUCCCCUUCAAUUGACCUGAGUUCUGAUCUCAAACCUCACUCCAAAUGAAAACUGAGCUUUUAGGACUCAAGUGGACUUCUGUGAGGCUAAACCUGGUUUAGGAAAUGCGUGUAAAUGCCUUUCCCAGAACCGUAUGCAAAACUGUUUUCACUUUAUUACUGAUUAAGCCAUUUAUUUGGAAUGCCUCACUUCGCUUCAUCUGGAGAUCUUUUGAUACUGUAAGUUUCACUGAUAUUAUAUAAGCUUGUAGCGGAGGGCGAGGUCGAGUUUUUGUUGCCUUACUCUGGUGUCUUUGCUUUCAUGCAGUCCAGAGGUGUUGAAAAGAUAAUGGUCUAUUAUAUAAAAUAAACUUAAUUUUGGCAUUGUC